AUGGGGGUCCUCCUCGGGGGCAAGAGCGGGUCGCCCUCCAACCUCCUGACAGCCUUCGUCCUGAGCAUUUGCUUCUUCUCGACCGAAGCCUUGUGGAAGCGGACAAACAUCACGGUGGAGCCACCAAAUGUGGUAGACGGAGGAAAGGUCGACCUCAUCCCCAUCACCUACCCUCCGAUCCCAGUGAUCUGCCGCUGGUACCGAGGGGAAAUGUACCCGAAUAACACCGUUUUUACCUUUUACUACUAUCCAACCCCUGGCUCUUGGAAUGGUGUAGCAUUCACCGGGCGAGAGAGGAUGAAGGACAACUGCACCCUUGAGAUCAUAGACUUAAACAUCAAUGACACUGCAAACUAUUCGGUCGUGAUAGAGGGCCCGAGGGAAACCCGGUUCGGCACCGUGGAGCUUGUGAUCCAAGUUCCACCAUCUUUUGAACCUGGACGGGGAUUUUCCAGGUCGACCGUGGCUGGCAUUAUCCUUGGUUGCCUGGGUCUCAUGGUCGUCCUGGGCGUGGCGGUUUUUGCCAUGAAACGCUCUUCUCGCCCAGAAAUUCGGACAAUUGCUCCAGCUGUCACCACAGAAGAAACAGAAGAGGACCCCCGAACAGUGUCCAAGCGUGGUUUCCUUGCUGUCUGA